AUGCUUUUCUUCAGCUUCUUCAAGACACUGACCAACCAGACGGUCACCAUUGAGCUCAAGAAUGACAUUCGCAUUCGUGGCAUCCUGAAAUCGGUCGACCAAUACCUGAAUAUCAAGCUCGACGACAUCGAAGUGUUGGAUCUGGCCAAAUACCCUCAUCUCUCCUCGGUGAAGAACAUGUUCAUCCGUGGCAGUGUGGUGCGGUAUGUGAUGUUGCCUCGAUCGGAGGUCGACGUGGGGUUGCUGGAGGAUGCUACACGGCGAGAGGCCGCCAACCAGGCCGGCAAAGCUCGGUAA